AGCCACAAAGAUCUAAGGUAUUUGUAGUUUAUUUUGUUUCCGGUGACGUUUGAUGCAAUGGCAGUUCCAGCAUUAGGUACUACAACUCCCAGAGUAGGCCUCGCCUUGUGUCAGUAGAUUUUCAUCAGGCAGCCUUUUAUUUUGAUGUGCAAAGAUGAUCAGAAGUAAACUUGAUGAAGAUGAGUAUUGGAACAGUUCAAAGUUCAAAGCUUUCACGUUUGAUGACGAAGAUGACGAGUUUUCCAGGCUGAAAGAGUCGAAGCAAGCGGUGAACAGUAUCCGAGGCCUGGUGGAGGAGGAGGAGGAUGAGGAUGAUGUGGAGAAGGUCACCUGGAGUGGAGAGCCAGUGGGAAGCAUCUCCUGGUCCAUCAAAGAGACAGCUUCCAGCUCUAGGGCAGCAGGAGAGAUUCGGGAUCAGGGCUUCCCAAAGAUCGAUACCACUCCCUCCUUACCCAAACAGGGAUCUAACUACUCCUUAAGCAGCUUUUUCAAAGUAAGAGGCAAAAGUGGGAGUUCUCAGUCAUUUUCAGAUAAUUGGAGUGAUUCCACCACCAGAAUGUUUGCUCCAGAGCUACGAAAGCCAAAAUCUGAGUACAAGGACUACGUAAGUGACUGGAGCCCAGAAGAGACUGUGAGGAGGAUGCACAGAGGAAAGCCCUAUUCCCUGGAGAAGUUCCGCUGUCUGAAAGACAAGCUGCUGCUCCUGGACAAGGCUGUGGACAGUCACGAUGGCAAUGUCAUCACAGCAGUUUUGAUCUUUCUGAAGAGGUCAUUAAGUAAAGAAAUCUUGUUUCGAGAGUUAGUGUCCAGGCAGAUAGCCUUGCAGCAUUUUAUCCACUUUCUAAAAGAAAUGGGUGAACAAAAACUACUACUGGAGCUCUUCAAAUCCCUAGGAAGAACUGAAGACAUGGCAUUCCUUCAGUACAAAGAUCACCUGAAUAUAAAAGAUGAAGUUCAAAGACAAGAGUACUUGAAAAACUGUAUCAGUCUUCCAUUUUCAGCAGAUGAUGCCAGUCAUGUUCAGGACCACUAUACACUGCUGGAGAGACAGAUCAUUAUAGAGGUGAAUGACAAGCACAUGGAGAAAGCUGGGCAGAUGGGGAUAUUUAAGAAAUACCCCAGAAAGGCCUCUAUUUUAAACAUGCCGAUUAUAACAACUCUAUAUUACUCCUGCUUUUACCACUAUGGAGAGGCUGAAGGCACUUACAGCAGCCCAGCAAACAUCAAGAAAACGUUCAAGAUCUCAGAAAAACAGUAUUUGCUGACAGCAUUGGGUGCCAGGGCCAAGCAGAAAGCAUGGAGUGAUGUGGACAGCCUCUUCACCACCAAGAACUGGUUGGGAUACACCAAGAAAAGAGCCCCAAUCGGAUUUCACAGAGUGGCGGAUAUUCUACAGAAAAACAAUGCCCCAAUACAGGUCCUGCAAGAGUAUGUGCGUUUAGUGGACGACCCCGAGAUGAAACUGGGCCUGGCACAGAAGUACAAAUGCCAUGACGUCAUCAUUGAUACGUAUAAAGACCUGAAAGACCGGCAGCAGUUGAUGCUGUAUAGAUGUAAGGUAGACCGAGGCUCUCCAGAAGAAAAGAAAAUUGAUGACAUCCUUAGCAAUACACAGCCUACGCAUGCUGACACAGCUACCCACGUGAACUUCUAUAAAUCCUUUGCCAAGCAAUUAUUUAAAAUUGCAGAAGGAAUAAAACUAAGGUAGAUUUGGACGGAUGGCAUUUGUAAAAGCUGAGCUACUAAAGGUUCAACUUUAAGUGUUUCCAGCACAGGACUUGUAAAGGAUGAAGACGUUUCCUGGGAUUUUGCCCUUUUGGACUGCAGGACAGGAUGGUGAAUUCCUGCUGCUUUUCCACUCAGCUAUUGUUUUAAGUCCUCUUUGUGUGGCAGCAGUACAUUGUGAACUGCCAGGAUUAAAGCACUUCAUGUAGCUGAA